ACUGUAUGGCGUUUUGUCAACGAAGAAGAAAAUAUUGCGGAUGUAAACACGGCUAACCCAAAUAGCUAUUUCCAAGGAGAGUUAAAAGCUGUGUUUUAUUUAGCUCGGGUCUAUUUUAAACAUUUGUAAAAGACGUACUUAAAAUAUGUCGCGACUUUCCCCGUUUUUGUGCUACGUGUACAACAGUUUACUGAGUCGAGCCAUGUGGCGGAAGAGUUGUGUCGGGCUCCCCUCCUUGCCUCCGGCCGGGCUCCCAUGGCUGUUGGUCGCCGGCAAGAAGGAGCUGAUUAUCGACCUCCCCGUCUUGGACGAAAGCGAGCUGGAGGAGCAGUUUGUCCGGGGAUCUGGACCCGGUGGUCAGGCCACUAACAAAACCAGCAACUGCGUCGUGCUCAAACACAUCCCUUCUGGGCUUGUGGUCAAGUGCCAUCAAACCAGAUCAGUGGAUAUCAAUCGAAAGCGAGCCCGGGAGAUCAUGCAAGAGAAACUGGAUGUUUUUCACAAAGGAGCGCAAAGCAAAAUCCUUGUGAAGAAGAAAGAGUCUGAAGUAAAAAAACAAGAAAAACGGAGGAAAGCCAAUGAGAACCUGUGGAGAAAAAGACUGUUUAAAGCAGCCCUAGUUGCUGACGCCAAGCCUGGGAGCGACACUGUUUAAAAUCCAUCCAUCCAUCCAUCAAUCAAUCAUCAAUCAGUGUUUAUUAUACAGCCCUAAAUCACAAGUGUCUCAAAGGCAGCACAAGCCACAACGACAUCCUCAGUUCAGAUCCCACAUAAGGGCAAGGAAAACCCACAACCCAGUGGGAUGUCAAUGUGAAUGACUAUGAGAAACCUUAGGGAGGACCACAGAUGUGUUUGACCCCCACCCACCCUCCUCUAGGGGAGACCGGAUGCAAUGGACGUCGAGUGGGUCUAGCAUAAUAAAAGAAUUGCGAAAAUAACCAGUGAAGGAAGACAUGUUACUUUUAGACUGUCCAUCAACAUAUUGUUGUCUCAAGGCGCCACGCAUUAGAACGAUAUGCAAUAAUUUGCUUUGAAAAAUAUUGGGCUCAAUGCAAACAGACUCACAGCUUUUGUCUACAGCAGAGUUCUCUACACUUUUUCUGCAGGCGAGCUGCUUUUUAAAUGACCAAGUCGAGGUAAUCUAUCUCAUAUAUACGUACCGUAUUUCCUUGAAUUGCCACAGGGCAUAUAGUAUGCGCCUGCCUUGAAUUACUGCCGGGUCAAACUCGCUUCGCAAAAUAAUUAGCGCAUGCUUAGUAUUACCGCCGGGUCAAACUCAUGGCGUCACAAGUGACACUUCCCAUGUCAUCAUUUUUAAAAUGGAGGCUGAUUUCAAUACCGGUAAUUUGAAAUCAUAUAAAGGGAAGAAGAUUAAGAGCUAUUCAGUAGGAUUUAAGGUCCAAGCAAUUGAAUACCGGUAUGUUAAAAAGAACAGUAAGCAGCUAUGUUUUAUUAAUAUACCGGUACCUGUGGAGAGGUGGAGCCGACGGUCUGACAGACAGGCAGGGCACGCUGGAGAUGGCGGCGAGGAGACGGCGAGCAAGCGGAGAGGAGCGGAAGAGCGACCUGGCAGAGGUUUUAUUGAAAAAUAAACAAAGUCAAACUGCUCAAGCCAUGUCCUUCCUUGGUGGUGCUGGGAACCCACAAGACGACGGCUUGAGACCGUCACAAUACCGUAGCUACGUGUGUGAAAUAUGGGCGCUAGUGAUCCUUCUUGCGACUACUCGGCUGCAGAAGAAGUGACAAAAAGUGACGUACUAUUUGCUGGGACGGAUAUGACGGACCUUUUAGGAAGUAACACUCCUAUGCUGGCUAUGUAAACAACCGGGCUGAAAUAAAGCAUGUUCCAAUUCUAAA